UUGUUGUUAAUAAUAAUAAUAAUAAUAAUAAUAAUAUUGUUUUUGUUGUUAUUAUUAUUAAUUAUAAUAAUAAUUAUUGUUUUAAUGCUUUUUAUUUAUUUGCUACUUUUAUUUUUUUUUAUUAUUUAUUGAUUUAUUUAUUUUUUACCAUUCGAGCAAGUAAUGAUUUUUGCAAUGGAGACUGUUUCAGUUCUCACUGCAAUGUAUUUUCUCACAAAUGUAUUUAUUUAUUACAUUUUUUUCAUGGAUCACAUAACAUUGGCGUUUUAUUCAUAGUUCUGUCACUGUGCAGUCCUGGUCAGUAUAAUUGUAGACAGGAGUUCUAAUCCUACUUAAUGGUCAUAAAAAUAAGGUUAAUGGCUACUUUUAAUUAUGUGCCAUUUUAUCCCAUAUUAUUUAGAUAUUCUAGAGGAAGACAACGGCGUUAGACAAACGGUAAUUGUUUUCCCCAGGUUAUGUAAAUAUAAUGAUGUCAGUAAGAUGUAAAUUUGGGGUGGGGUUUACGUGUUCAGGGCAUAUAAAUAUGUGACACCAGUUUCAAAUAGUGUUUGGAGAAAUGUUUCUUACAUUUUUUUUUUGCUUAUUUAUGCCUGUGAUUUUAGAUCAAUGAACCUGACGGAGUUUAAUCAGUCUGAUCGCUGUGAGCAUUUCUCCUGUCCAGAGAGAUCUGUAUCUCCUGCAGUUUAUAUCUUACUGUACGUGUGUUCAGCUGCUGUGGUUCUGCUAACAGUGUGUGGAAAUCUGCUGGUCAUCAUCUCUGUGUGUUACUUCAGACAGCUUCACACACCGACCAACAUGCUGGUGCUCUCUCUGGCCAUGUCAGAUUUCUUGGUUGGACUUUUCGUGAUGCCGUUCCACUUCACGUGGCUAAUUGAGUCUUGUUGGAUGUUUGGACACAUUUUUUGCAUCCUGUUUAAUUUUAUGAGUUUCCAGCUCACGAGUGUGUCUGUAGGAAACGUGGUUCUGAUCGCUCUCGAUCGUUACAUGGCUUUAAGCAAUCCCUUUCUGUACCUGAAGGAUGUCACGUCUAAAAUUGUUGACACUCUGAUAUGUUUGUCGUGGUUUUUUUCAUUUUUGUAUAACUUUGUGUUUUUUUACCUGAACGGAAACUUCACAAAUUUAUUGCUGUGUCCUGGUGAAUGUCUGGUCAGUGCUUUUGAUGCCGUUGGCUCGAUAAUCGACCUCAUGUUCAUCGUCGUCAUUCCUUGCAGUUUAAUGCUCAUGUUGUACUUCCAGGUCUUUGUAAUAGCGAAGAGGCAUGCAAACGCUAUACGAGAUCUCAAUCAAAACAUGAAAAGCGUCUCGGAUACAAUGAAAUCUGAAAGAAAGGCCGCUAAAGUUCUGGGCAUUCUGGUUUUUGUGUUUCUGGGAUGUUUGGUGCCGUAUUAUGUCUGCACUUUAACGAGCAAUACAGCAUCAUCACAUGUCAUGAUUAAUAAUAUUCUAAUACUUUUUUAUCUGAAUUCAUCUAUUAAUCCUGUUAUCUAUGCCUUGUUUUAUUCCUGGUUCCAGAAGUGCACAAAAAUUAUUUUAUCUUGCAAAAUACUGCACACUGAUUGUUCGUUUGUGAAUGUAGUAUGAAAAAAACUAUUGAAUGAAGCACAAAGCCCAACCUGGUUUACAAAUCAGGUUAUAACAAUAUCCCACCAAAAUAAAUGGAAAAAUGUAUACUUUAAUUCUUGCAGAAAUGGUAGAAAUGCUUUAUAUAUAUAUAUGGUUCACUAAACCACCAUGAUUUACUUCAGUAUUAAUAAACUGUAAAUAAUCUUUCAGAAAACAUCCAUAUAAACAAGCAAAACUCUGAGCAAAAUUGAACUAAAAGUUUGUGCUCCAGGUGAAGAAUAUGGAAAAAGCCUCAGGUCUAAAUAAAUAGCCAAUUGAAUUCGUUAAUUAUUACUUCAUUAAAAAACAUCAAUUAAUACAAGUGUCAGUUACUGUGUUACAGUUGCUCUUAGUUCAUUAAAGACCAUGUUACAUAAAACGUAGUUAAAUAUAAUAAUUUAAGAAAACCUUGUUGUAAAUCAUUACAGUAAUACAAUAAUCAAUGUUUCUAAAUUUUGCCAUUUUUACAAAUUGCAUGCAUUAAAGAAAAGAAAUCUAAUCAAUUAUUGUCUAAUAUCAGAAGCAAACAUUGUUGAACCAGAGUCAAACGGCAAGCCUUCCUCUCCUGUGUGACACCAGACAGUGUGAUUAGAAAUCAUUUUGCUGUUCAGAAAUAGAAUAGAGUAAACAAAGUAUGAGCAGAUUGUGAAUAAGAUUUCUGGGAUGAGUGCAGCAGCAGCUCUUUAGUGUAAAUGUACAGUAUCUAGAUGAGACUGAACACUAGAAGGGUGUUUGUGGAAUCAAAACAUAUUGCAGAUGAUGGAUCACUGACCUUUGACCCAAAGUGGUACAAACAACUUAAAUGAGCAACCUUGUGUUUGAACAAUUGUAGAGUUAAAAUAUAGAAAGAACAAAAUAGUCACUUAAAAUAAAUGACACUUACCACAACCAUUAAUAAGAGAUGUUCUGUCGCAUUCUCCAUCACCACCUCCAGUGCCUCUGUGAUCUAUGGUGUCAGACAAGUAGGCCACAGAAAUGGGAAUUUUCAGCUCCAUUUCAGGCUAAUAGGAUACUGUCUUUUUUUCAGCUGACCGUUCUCAAAGUCUCCAGUUCAUACACUGUGUAUAUUCAAUCAAUUUCUUUUUUUUUGGACCACGCAAGCCUGGGCUCCAUGUCUGACCUCUGUGUGCUCACUUGGCCCUCUUGUCUCAUGUUAAUUAUAAAAAUAUUGCUAGUUUUGGGCAGUAGCUACCACUGCUUGUGCUAGUUUGAAGCUGAUAUAACACAGAUACACAGGACCAAUGCCACAUGACAUUGACAAUGUACUGUCAGCUGUUUGUUCUGUGCAUACUGGCACCGGAUCUUUUUUUUAAAAUGGCAAAAGCAUUGUUCAAAAAUGGCUUGCAAUUAAGUGAAUAAGUUGUUUUAUCAUAUAAGAACUGUGCAGUUUUCUUGAUCCUGUAUAUAUCCUAUUAUAUUUUCUUUUUCAUAUAGAGACAAAGAAUAAAAGUUCUUUAUGAAUAUCCAAAUAUUUUUAAUUCUUUGUUUUAGAUUUGCAUAAAAAUAGGUGCACUUCAGGAGCAUGACAUCAUGCACACAAAACUGUCAGUCAACCCUGGAGGCAUGAUCAUUUUCUAAACUAUAAAAGGACCAGAGCCGCUUGAGCCGUAACUCAUCUGACAUUUAAAAAGAUUUGUACCAUCACCAUUUUCCAGCAG